GCUCCGCUCCCGUCUGUUCUUCCGGUGGAGAUGGCUGCGGCGGUGACUGGGGUGCUGCGAGGGGGUCUCCUGCCCCAGGCGGGCCAGCUGCCCACCCUCCAGACUGUCCGCCAUGGCUCGAAGGCUGUUACCCGCCACUGGCGUGUGAUGCACUUUCAACGACAGAAGCUGAUGGCUGUGACUGAGUAUAUCCCCCCCAAACCAGCUGUUAACCCAAGAUGCUUGCCACCUCCUCCCAGCCCCCCGCAGGAGGAGACAGGCCUCAUCCGGCUCCUUCGCCGAGAGAUAGCAGCAGUUUUCCGAGACAACCGAAUGAUAGCCGUCUGCCAGAAUGUGGCUAUGAGCGCGGAGGACAAGGUGCUUAUGCGGCACCAGCUGCGGAAACACCAGAUCCUGAUGAAGGUGUUCCCCAACCAGGUCCUGAAGCCCUUCCUGGAAGAUUCCAAAUACCAAAACCUGCUACCCCUUUUUGUGGGGCACAACCUGCUACUGGUCAGUGAAGAGCCCAAGGUCAGGGAGAUGGUCCGGAUCUUAAGGAGUGUGCCUUUCCUGCCGCUGCUGGGUGGCUGCAUCGACGACACCAUCCUCAGCAGGCAGGGCUUCAUCAACUACUCCAAGCUGCCCAAACUGGCCCUGGUGCAGGGGGAGCUGGUAGGAGGCCUCACCCUGCUCACAGCCCAGACCCAUUCCCUGCUUCAGCACCAGCCCCUCCAGCUGACCGCCUUGUUGGACCAGUACGUCAGACAGCAGCGCGAGGGGGACUCUGUCAUAUUGGCCAGCGGGAAGCCAGAUGCUCUUGACCCUGUUCUGGACUCGUAGAGAGUCUAUUGUCCCCAGCCCUGCCUGUGAACAUGCUCCGCCCUAUUGGCUGUGCUGCCCUCCGUGGGAGACGUGGAAGAACUUGGGGUGGGGGAGUGGCAUGUGCUACUUGGCUUCCACUAACGACGACCUCCUCGGGUACAGGGCCACUCGGAGAUGCAGAGGGAUUGGAUUCCAUUUCAGAAUGGAGGCUGUUAGUCACUGGCCUAGUCCUUAGUUUUCCCAACUUGGGACCUGAUAGAACAGUCUCUUCCAGCUCUGCAGGUCCAAGGCAAAGAAGCUGAAAAGAUGAAGUCUUGCGCCUGACCUCCUUAUUCACUGUCCCUUGCUGCACUGGCUCCUCAGCCCACCCCCUCAGGGCACAGCCUGCCCCAGUAGCUCAGCUGAACUGAGAGCCUGCCACAGCCAGGCCCGCUCUGUGCUGAGUGCUGACCCGUGUUAGUCCUUUACUCCUCUCCAUGAUUGCCCAUUGCACAGAUAAGAAAACAAAGGGGCAGAGAAGUUAAAUAGCCUGCACAGCUUCGUGCAGUCAGUAACUGGCAGAUCAGGGACUUGAACCAGGCUCUCUGCUUUGAAGGCACACCCUGAAUUCCUACACCAGAGCGUCCUCAUGAGGAUACCCAGAAGUGGGUCCCAGGUGUGCUCGGAGGGCCAUGCUGUGUUGUGGAAAGGUUGGCAGCACUGCUUGGUGACAACGUGAAAUGCAUUCUCCUUACACUUACCUCAGGGCAUCUCUGUCCUCUCUCUUCUGACUCUCUCACUUUGCUUCCUAGAAAAUCUUCCCUCUUCCCCAUACCUGUUCCCUCAAAUGGUAUCUCUUUGUGCUUGUCCUGUUGAAGGCAGCUGACAGCUGUGUCCAGUAGCUAACAUGUCUCAGGCGGUUCUGAACAAAAGGGCCUGGGGGAAACCAGGAUUCUCUGUUAAUAAGGGGUUCUGGGGUGCUGGAGUAGGAGGCCUCACCCAAGUCUUGGGGAUCCAGAAGUUCCUAAUAAAGGAGAUAGGAUGCCUAACCAGCA